GGUCUCCAUACCUCUCUCUCUCCCUCUGUGAUCAGUGGGUGAGAGGGGGGAGACGAGCAACACACAGCGGAGAAUCCGGGCGUGCGCCUCCGUCAUCAUCAUUAUCAUCGUCCUGCUCGCCGUCCUCCUUUUUUCCAUCACAGCGUGCCGGUUCUGGAACAGCCCACUUCGGUCCUGGAGACGCCGAGUCUGCAUCAGCAGCGCGAUCUGCGUUUUCCCCCCCAGCCUUUUAUCUGAAUGACGGGCGGAAGGUUUGACUUCGACGACGGUGGCACUUACUGCGGGGGGUGGGAGGAUGGCAAAGCCCACGGGCACGGCAUCUGCACCGGACCCAAGGGCCAGGGCGAAUACGCCGGGUCCUGGUCGCACGGCUUCGAGAUCGUAGGCGUGUACACCUGGCCCAGCGGGAAUACCUACAAGGGCUACUGGUCCCAGGGGAAGAGGCACGGGCUCGGCGUGGAGAAUAAAGGCAGGUGGAUCUACCGAGGAGAAUGGAGCCACGGCUUUAAGGGUCGCUACGGGGUCCGGCAAAGCCACAACACACCUGCCAGAUACGAGGGGACCUGGAGCAACGGGCUGCAGGAUGGAUACGGGGUCGAAACCUACGGCGAUGGCGGAACCUAUCAAGGCCAGUGGAUGGGUGGGAUGCGUCAUGGUUAUGGCGUCCGUCAGAGUGUUCCCUACGGCAUGGCCACCGUCAUCCGCUCCCCGCUUCGUACCUCCAUGGCCUCCCUGCGGUCCGAGCAGAGCAACGGCGCAGUUCUCCACGACCUCUCCUCCCCCGUGGACACGCCGACGGGCACCCGUGGUGGCUUCGUCCUCAACUUCCACUCAGACAGCGAGGUCGUCACCGGCAAGAAGAAGGGCCUGUUCCGCCGGGGAUCGCUUUUUGGCAGCCUCCGGCAGCUGCGCAAGUCUGACUCUCGGACCUCUAUCUCCAGCAAGCGCAGCUCCGCACGCAGCGACGCCACCAUGAGCCGAAUCAGCUCCAGCGACGCCAACUCCACCAUAUCCAUCGGUGAUGGCGAGCUGCCAGACGAGGACCUACUCCUGGAGGACCACGUGGAUGCGACCACGACUGAGACCUACAUGGGCGAGUGGAAGAACGACAAGCGGAAUGGAUUUGGUGUUUCAGAGCGAUCCAACGGGAUGAAAUAUGAAGGAGAGUGGCUUAACAACAAGCGCCACGGCUAUGGGUGCACGGUUUUCCCCGACGCCACCAAAGAAGAAGGAAAGUACAAAAAUAACGUUCUGGUGCGUGGAAUAAGGAAGCAGUUGAUUCCUCUUAAGAAUCCCAAAACCAAAGAGAAGGUAGAUCGGGCUGUGGAGGGGGCACAGCGGGCUGCAGCCAUUGCAAGGAGUAAGGUGGAAAUAGCCGCUUCCAGAACGGCCCACGCCAGGACAAAAAGCGAGGCUGCAGAACAGGCCUCCAUCUCUGCCGUGCAUGAAUCGGAAAUCGCCAGAGCGGUCGCCAGGGAGCUCUCUCCCAACUUUUACCAGCCAGGACCGGACUACAUAAAACAACAGCUAAAGGAACCCGUGGAAAUUAAGGAGGUCCCUGUUGAAAAGAAGGAAGAGUCCCCACAUGAUUCUCCCCACUUUUACCGCAAAGGCACAACUCCACCCCAUUCUCCUGUGGUCAGUCCUGCAGCCACUCCUCCACCCUCACCUGACACUACCAAGAACAUUGGCCAGGUUGGAAACAGCAUCAGCCACAAACCGAGCAAGGAGGAAAAGCCAUCCCGUAAGAUAAGCAAAGAAGAAAAGUCAAGUUACAAGGCCAGCAAGGAGGAGCGACCUAGCAGGAAGCUGAGUAAAGAAGAGAGGCUGUCCUCCACUGAUGGCCCCAAGACUUCUCAUGCACACAUUGAGGCUCCUCCUAAACCAUCGAAAGUGCAGCAACCACCCCCAGUCUCCGCACCUCCUUCACAGCCUCCCACCGUUCCGGUCAACGGCCAGCUCCACUCCGAGUACCACAGUUACUACGUCAAGGCUACUCCACGGGGCCCUCCACCUCCUGAACCUGAAGAAGUAGAAGAAGAGCCGAGUGCCCAGGCUCUGGCACGUUUACCCCCACAACCUAAGUCCUUCAGCACCCCCACACCUACUCCUAAGCCACCUUCCAUUCGGGAGAGCAAGAGUGACCCAAAACUCAGGAAGCAAGAUUCCCUAAAACCAAAGAGCCUUGCAGACUCAAAGAAGGCAAGCAUGGAGAUUGCAGAAAGCACGGAAGAAACAGGUCCUAACUCAAUCCUUGUUGCUAUGGUAAUGCUGUUGAACAUUGGCCUUGCAAUUAUAUUUGUCCACUUUCUGACAUGAUGAUGCUGUUUCCAUGUGAAACCAUGGCAACUGGUACAGUUGCAUUGCCGGCCUUGAAAAGUGAAAAUGGCGCCAGUGAGAAACGGGGGCGGCCGGAGGUGUUUAGGAAUCAGCAUGACACCGAAGAGGAUCAGGAGAGAGGCAUCACUACUGUCAACCUGUCUCUGGCCUUCUUUAGGGCCAGCCCUGUCAAUUAGCACUCCUUUGGCUUCUGCAUUAGCAGAAGUGAAAUGUAAUGUCUAGUCAGUUAAAAAAAAAGAAGAAAAAAAAGUAAAAAUGUUACCAAACAUACAAAGUAUGAGAAAAAAAAAAAGAAGUUAUUGAAACCUACAUGUGUGCUGACCCAAGCUCAGGUCUCUGUAGCCCACUCUCACUGCUUUGGCAGCGAUAGCGGUGGGCUGACGGACCUUGCUGGAGGAGUGUGGAGAUGCACUUUUAGUUGACGGGAGCAAACAGCUGCCUUUCUAUUUUGCCAUCUGACGUUUUGAUGGGGAGAUGUGAGCCCAGCCCCAGGGCAGCCGAGAGAGAGAGAGAGAGAGAGAGAGAGAGAGAUAGACAGAGGGGAGGUGGUUGGUGUUGGCGGAGGGGGCUUGGGGCUCAAGUGUUUGGAGGGUUUUACUGGGGUUCAAGCCACCUUUGCAAGAGCAAACCACGCAAGACCAUUGCCAGCAGUCAGUGCUUGCACGGUCACUAGCCAGUCUUACUCUGUUAAAACCCAAAACAUCCCUGCAGCUUUCUCAAGCUCAGUCCAUUGUAAUCCAGGACACACUGCUUUUGAAACACUCCCCGUGCAUGGUACAGUUUUAAAAAAAUAAAUAAAAAUAGUUUGUUGUUCUCAUGUAGCUUUUUGUUCACCGUCGUCCUCCAAAUGUCGCUUACCUGCAUUCUUAUGCUUGUGGAAAUUUCGUCAGAGGAUGAGUAAAAUGAAUUUGUUUUCCCGUUUUUAUUUUAAUUGUGCUCCUUUCUAACAAUCGAACUGUAAUUUGACAUUACACAUCCAUGUUUCUGAAAGUGCAAUAUGUUGUUUUUUUUUCUUUCAAAGGUUUUGAAUCUAUUUUGCCAGAGAUAGUGUUCUGCUAUUCUAAUAAAAAUCAGUUUUUAAUUUGUUAGACACAGGUAAUAUGAAUAGCCUGGCUUGUUGAAAUACGGCGUUCACUAAUGGCAGGAAUUGUGAAGAUGAACUUGGUUUAUUCUUGAAAAAGGCAGAUAGCUCUGUGAGAGUGAAGUUAACAAAUGUCUUAUAUUAUUUAUGAAAUGAGAGGAGAAAAGAAUAUAUUUUAUUGUACAUGCCUACACCCUUCCGCUAUGAUGAAGUUCAUUAUAUUGCUUUCUCUGUUUCACACCACAACUAAGAUGCAAAGCCGCAGCUCCCCAAAGCUGCUAGAGUAUAAAGACCCAGCCGUGCAUGUGAAUGAGACUGGAUUUUGUGGACAGUGGGAGGUUAUUCAGGUUUAGACCAUGGGGAAUGUGGAUCCAGGGAGAAGAAGAUAUGCCUUUAGAAGUCUUUAACAGUGCUACUGUUUACCUCAAAAGAGACGAGGAAGGGAGAGAAAGGAAAUAGAUGCCAUCCUUGUCUUAACUCUGUUGUAAGGGGAGGGGGGAGGGUGUUUUGACCAUUGUUGUCACCUGAACCAUGCUUUUGACUUGUUUCAUCCUAGCUGCUUGUAGUUUUUGUUGCGGGUAUGGCAUGAGUUUCUUUGAUUUCCAAAGUGGUUAUAUUUAUAUGGUGGACGUUUUACUGUCAACUCUACCAAGAUGGAUUAUUUAUUCAUUGUACAACUGAUGUGUUUGUUAAAACAUUGGUCAUCGAUUAAAAAAAUAUAUAUAUAUUUAAAAAAAAGGGCUUAAAAUAUAUAUAUUUAGGUUUUAAUGUCUGCAAGUCUGUUCAAAAAGUUAGAUUUGAUAGUUGUCAGUAAUUAAAACAGGCUGCGGAAACUGCAUUUAGAACUAUUGUUGAACCAGUUUCGCGUUUGAGGAAGAAACUACUGGGAAAUCUACUACUGAAAUUAACUCGUAAUAUUCUGGAGACAAUAAAAAAAAGGGAAGACCAGCCUUUUAGAGGGUUUAACAGAACAGCCUGUUAGUUGGAUAUUUUUUUGAAAUACAACAUUGCAUGUUGGAGAAAUUUCUAUAUAGAUUAUUAUAUACUGUUUGUAAGGAUUUUUACAGAGCACAAUCCAGAAUCUGGUAUGAGUCGGUAUUUUUCUAACAAUUUGCACACCUGUAUUUUGACAAUGAAGAUAACUUUUCUUUGUAAUUGGUAAUGUAAUGCACAUAUGAUAAUGUUUGAAAGUGGAGGGGGAAAAAAACAUAGAUAUUUUAUUUCUAAUUGGUCAUACUAUAUGUACCAUUUGGGGAUGUGAAAGGCAGAUGUACUUGUUUUGAGGAUUUUAUGAAGAACACAAACAAGGAAUUGUGGGAGAGUUUUGAUAUGUUAAGGUUCGUGAUGCCCCACUGAUUUGUGCAAAGUCUUUGGAGAUGAAGUUAUGUGUAUAAAAUAAAGUUACUAUGCCUUGUUAAACGAA